AUGUUUGCAAUAACACACAAGGAGAGAGAGACAGAGAGAGAGUAUACAUCGACUGGCUCGGGUUUCCCUUCUGAGUAUGAUGAGUAUGAAGAGGACAAAGAGGAGAAACAAUUCAUCAGAUCCAGUCCUACUGCAGCCUGCCAGAAUGAUGCCUAG